UUUAUUUUCUUUUCUCUCACUAUCCCUCCAAAUCUCUCUAUCCACACAUAUCCUUAGAGAGGAAAGAGAGAGAAAAAAAGAAAAGAAAAGAAAGAUAGGAAAAGAAGAGAAGAAAGGAAGAGAAAAGGGACUGGCUGUAAUUUCUCUAUCAUCAUCCUUAUCUCACCAUUUUCAGCUUCAAUUUGUGCAGAGCCCGAUCAUCAAUGGCAGGCGCCACGUCGGCGCUUUAUAUUUUGGACAUGAAGGGCAACUGUUUAAUUGGGCGCGACUAUCGAGGUGAUGUCAAUGCUCUUCAGGCCGAGCGUUUCUUCUCCAAGCUCCUCCAAAAAGAGGGUGAUGUGGAGUCCCAGGGUCCAGUGGGCUAUGACAAUGGUGUGACCUACAUGUUUAUACAACACAACAAUGUUUAUUUGAUGACAGCUUCGAGGCAGAACUGCAAUGUUGCCAGCCUUAUUCUCUUUUUACACCGUGUAGUUGAUGUACUGAAGCAUUAUUUUGAAAAGUUGGAAGAGGAAUCUUUAAGAGAUAACUUCGUGGUAGUGCAUGAAUUACUUGAUGAAAUGAUGGACUUUGGUUACCCUCAAUAUACAGAAGCCAAAAUUCUAAAUGAGUUCAUCAAGACGGAUGCUUACAGGAUGGAAGUUAUGCAGCAGCCUCCAAUGGCUGUAACAAAUGCAGUGUCUUGGCGAAGUGAAGGGAUAUAUUACAAGAAAAAUGAAAUAUUUUUGGAUGUAGUGGAAAGUGUUAAUCUACUAGUCAACAGAAAUGGGCAGAUAAUCCGUUCAGAUAUUGUCGGGGCGUUGAAGAUGAGAACAUAUCUGAGUGGUAUGCCCGAGUGCAAGCUUGGCCUAAAUGAUAGACUUCUAUUGGAGGCUCAAGGUCGGACAACAAAAGGAAAAUCCAUUGACCCUGAGGAUAUCAAGUUUCAUCAGUGCGUACGUUUAGCUCGAUUUGAAAAUGACCGGACAAUUUCCUUCAUUCCUCCUGAUGGAUCAUUUGAUUUGAUGACAUAUAGACUUGGUACUCAGGUGAAACCUCUCAUUUGGGUGGAAGCUCGAGUUGAAACGUACUCAAAAAGUCGUAUUGAGAUCACGGUAAAAGCCAGGAGCCAGUUUAGGGAGCGCAGCAAUGCAACAAAUGUUGAAAUUGAGUUGCCUGUGCCAUGUGAUGCCACAAAUCCUAGUAUUCGGACAUCAAUGGGAUCUGCUACGUAUGCCCCCGAAAAUGAUGCAUUGCUCUGGAGGAUCAAAUCUUUUCCUGGUAAUAAGGAGUUUAUGUUAAGGGCAGAUUUUAAACUUCCAAGUAUAACUUCUGAAGAAUCGCCUCUCGACAGAAAAGCUCCUAUCCGUGUGAAGUUUGAAAUACCUUAUUUUACCGUGUCAGGAAUUCAGGUUCGUUAUCUGAAAAUCAUUGAGAAAAGUGGAUAUCAUACGCUUCCAUGGGUGAGAUACAUAACAAUGGCUGGCGAGUAUGAACUAAGACUAAUCUGAAAGCACACCUUGUGCAUUUCUGCUCACAGCUGUAGCAUUCAACCAAUAACUGAUGUCAAUCAUACGGUACUUACUGAUUAUUUUUUAUAAUAUAUAUAUAUAUAUAUAUUCAUUAUGGUUUAGGAACAAAUUUGAAUCAUUCUUUUUCGUAACCUUAGUAUCUGAAGGCCUCUCAAGUGUGGCAUUUUCUCAUAGUCUGGUUCAUUUGUCUGGAUGUUAUAAUUGUCUGUAAGGGUGCAAUUGUUACCUAUCAAUAGAGAAAGGGUGCAUUUGUUAUUGAAAUACCUUAUUAAUUACAAAAUUAUGGGGACUUUCUGCUAAGAAUCCUUUUGUAUUGAACAGGACGGGGUUUCUUUCUAAUAUCCAUGAUAAUUUUAUAGCUUGUUUAGUUCAAGUCUUGUUUGUUCGAUGAUUUACUUUAUUAUUAUCUCUGGAUCUUUCCGAAAAUUUCAAAUCUCUGUCUCUUGAUGUACUCAGCACGUGGGAGAAAAAUAAAAUAAAAAUAAAAAUAAAA